GAGACCAUUGCACGAGACCUGUUCCCAUUUCCUUCCCUAUCACACUUGAGGAGGGGGCAUUCUCAUCUCGAGGGAAAGAUCGGAAUGGAGGCAGCGCCGGUGCCGAAUCCUGGGAAUUCGAGAUCGGAGCUGAGCUCGAAUUCCCUCCCCGUGGAUGUCGCCCUCAACGUCGUAUCCUAUCUCGAGACCGCAGAUGUUUGCUCGUUGGGAAGCUGUUCGAGGUUCUGGCGCGGCCUCUGCUCGUCGGAUUUCGUCUGGAUCGCGCUCUACAAGCGGAGGUGGCCGGCCUUGGGCGCUGGUUCCCAGCCUCGAGCCUCUGAGGGAGGAGGAGGAGGAGGAGGAGGAGGAGGAGGAGAAUGUUCCGGUGACGCCGAGGCCUUGUCGUCGCCGCAGAAGUGGAGGGUUUUGUACAUUAACAAGCACAGACAAAUAGCCAGUGCUGUGUCCACUGUAAUCAAAUUUGUCCAACAGUGCUCACAAAAUGAAUCACUUGAAGUUGGAUAUUAUCUGAAAGCUGUUGCUGAUCUGGGCUUAUUGGAGCUUGGAUUUGAAGACGUCCAACUAUUUCUGUUUGCAAGAAAGCAGAAUGUGCUGCUGAACCUGAUUGGAUUGCACUAUUCCAUAUUUUCGCUUGCAGCACCACCCAAAGAUGUAGCAGAAUCCCUUCGCAGAUGCGAAGUAUCUGAUCGACAGGUGUGCGUGAGUUGGUUUAAGGUGGGCAGGUGGUUCUAUGGCUUCCGAUUGCCCGAUGAGCACCGCUCCCGAGAGGUUUCUUUGGGUGAGCUUGCCAUGGCCAAUGAGGAAGAGGUUCUGGCUGUGCUCAACCGAGGAGCAGUUCAUGAAGUACUACGGGUCCAGAUAAAAUCAAUUACUGCAAGCACGACAUAAUCAUUUCAGAUUGUUCUAUCAGAAACCCACAGGGAUUAAGGUUGAAUACAUCGAAUGUUUGUAAUUUAAAUAAUAUAAAUCUCUAUAUGUGUAUCAUUGGAUGUAUGUAAGUAAAAUCAUAUGGAUUCUCUCUCUAUAUAUAUGUAUCUGAAUAGUAGUGAUGUAACUUGUUAGACUUUCAAUGUGACAUGUCCUUGUACAGGAUCUUGCGGAUUAUAAUUUAAACUUUACCUAAAAA